UGGGCCUCCCCUAUAUAAACCAACAGUCGAAGACUAGGGUUUUCAGGAUUAAAACACAUUUUCGCCGUCGUCGAGCUCCGUUGUUUCCCCCUCACUAAAGCUACCUCCGCAGCCUCUCCCCCCUCCCAAACAUGGCCGUCGGGAAGAACAAGAGGAUUUCCAAGGGUAAGAAGGGUGGAAAGAAGAAAGCUGCCGAUCCGUUCGCGAAGAAGGAUUGGUACGAUAUCAAGGCUCCGUCUCUCUUCACUGUCAAAAAUGUCGGGAAAACCCUAGUCACGAGAACUCAGGGUACUAAGAUUGCGUCAGAAGGACUCAAACAUCGUGUUUUUGAGGUCUCCUUGGCCGACCUUCAGGGUGAUGAGGACCAUGCCUACAGGAAGAUCAGACUUAGGGCUGAGGAUGUUCAAGGGAAGAAUGUUCUUACCAAUUUUUGGGGAAUGGAUUUUACAACAGACAAGCUUAGGUCUCUGGUACGCAAGUGGCAAACAUUGAUUGAGGCCCAUGUGGAUGUGAAAACGACUGACAGCUACACUUUAAGGAUGUUCUGCAUUGGAUUUACUAAGAAGCGGACAAACCAGCAGAAGAGAACCUGUUAUGCACAAUCGAGCCAGAUAAAACAGAUUCGCCGUAAGAUGAGAGAGAUCAUGGUAAACCAGGCACAAACUUGUGACCUAAAGGAGUUGGUCCUGAAGUUCAUUCCUGAAUCAAUUGGCAGGGAGAUUGAGAAGGCAACUUCAAGCAUCUACCCACUGCAGAAUGUGUUCAUUCGCAAAGUCAAGAUCUUGAAAGCUCCCAAGUUUGAUCUUGGAAAGUUGAUGGAGGUCCAUGGUGACUAUUCCACAGAGGAUGUUGGAGUGAAAAUGGAAAGGCCUGCUGAGGAGCCCGUUGAGGCAGCCACCGAGGUUGUCGGAGCCUAAAUGAGGGUUUAGGAAAUUGCUUUUGUUAUUUUCAUUCGAGAGUGUUGAUUAAGGUCUUUUGAAUGAGACAAUUAAAUUUAUCAAUGUUUUUGGUUUUAAUUUAAUAGACAAGAAGUGAAGUUUUGGCAUUGCAGAGGAUGAAGUACCAAACAGUUUCUGGUGUUGUUUUUGGUUUCAUCAUGCACAUCUGGAAUGAAAUCCACAUUUUGAAUUCCA